AUGAUUUUCACCAAAUCCGGUCUUUCGGUACUCUGGUUGUGUGCUUCCCCAAUCGUGACACUUGCGAAUCCCCUUUCGAAACGAGGCCCCGAUGAUGAUCUCGCAAAGAUUGCGUUGGUCAAUGCGUAUAAGGUCUUGAAUGGUACCCUCAAUGAUGGAAGUACCCACACCGGUUGUACGAAAGACAAUGUCAUAGUUAGGAAAGAAUAGUAAGUUGGUUUGGGGUUCAAAUGCAUCUCUCGCUCGCUAAAACACGGUCACAGUGGCGACCUUACAACCGAUGAGAAAGAUGACUAUGUUAAGUCAGUCAAAUGCUUGCUCGGUGCGCCAUCGAAGUUGAGUGCAACUCAAUAUCCUGGAGCCAAGAACAGAUAUGAUGACUUUGUGGUUGUCCAUAUCAACAUGACCAUGCAUGUUCAUGAUACUGUAAGUUUCUUCAGAUUAGUUCGUUACUUGUACUGACUACAUAGGCAAACUUCCUCCAUUGGCAUAGAUAUUAUAUCUGGGCUUACGAGACGGCAUUACGAAAAGAAUGUGGAUACAAGGGUUAUCAGCCAGUAAGUUUCCAUCGACCAGUAUCUUUUGGAUGGCAUGCUGAGUAGUUGAAGUACUGGAACUGGGGAAGAUAUCCAGACCCCACAACCUCACCGAUAUUCAAUGGAGACGCUCACAGUAUGGGUGGAAACGGAGAAUAUGUGAAGCACGCAGGUCAGGGUUUGGGUUUACCAAAUACUAUGGUGCCGGCUGGAAAUGGUGGUGGAUGUGUUAAAACAGGACCAUUCGCCAAGUAAGCCCUCCAGAUUUCGAAUACCCCUUUUCAACGCCACACCUGACACUUUACAGCAUGACAAUAAACCUUGGUCCACUAGCCGGCUCCAUGGACCCAGCACUCAAAAUCCUCAACAACCCUCGCUCUGAUGGCUACGGCUACAAUCCGCGCUGUCUCCGUCGAGACGUGAACACCUAUUUCACAUCACGAACCCUGACACCAGCCAAUAUAGCCGCCCACAUCAAGUCGACCACAGCGAUAGAAACCUUCCAGAAAUCCCUACAAACAGACACUAGUGCAGCCUUCAGUCUCCACACCUCAGGUCACUACAGUAUAUGGGGUGACCCAGGUGGAGAUUUCUUCGUUUCUCCAGGCGAGCCGGUAUUCUGGCUGCAUCAUGGACAGGUAGAUCGUCACUGGUGGAUAUGGCAGAAUCAGGAUCCUGCAAAUAGAGUGCAGCAGUAUAAAGGAGGGACUGUGAUGAGCCAAGCAAAUAGUCCGGCUGGAAAGAUUGAUGAUGUGCAGACACUGAGUGUUGUUGCUCCCGCCGGAUUUGCAGGAAUUCCAAGUAGGAACUUGGUUAGUAGUACUGCCGGGCCGUUUUGUUACGUAUAUGUGUAA